AUGCGUCUUGAGCGGGACCGUGCUCAGCAGGUGCCGAAGGCGGGCGACAAGCUGUACUGCAUGUCCUGGAAGACGGAGGGCACCAAAGGCCGCUGGACGCCCUCGGGUUGCACACACGAGGGGGGUGAUACCCACCACUCCAUCUGCAUCUGCAACCACUUCUCCACCUUCGCCAUCCUCAUGGCCAUCCACCCCGUUGCGGACAGCUUCGCGCUGACGGUGGUGACCUACGUGGGGAUAUCGGUGUCGCUGGUCUGCCUCUUCCUCGCCAUUGUCACCUUCCUCCUGUGCCGCUCGCUCUGGAGCGUCAGCGUCACCCUCCACCUGCAGCUCAGCAUCUGCCUCUUUGCCGCCGACCUCCUCUUCCUCGUGGCCAUACCCCUCACUGCCAACAAGCUGGCGUGUGCCAUCAUGGCGGGCUUCCUCCACUACCUCUUCCUCGCCUGCUUUGCUUGGAUGUUCCUGGAGGGUUUGCACCUCUUCCUCACCGUCAGGAACUUGCGCGUCCUCAACUACACCAGUGCCAAUCGCUUCAGGAAACGAUUCAUCUACCCCGUGGGCUACGGCACACCAGCCAUCAUCGUGGCCGUCUCCGCCGCCAUCCACCCCGGCGGCUACGGCACCGAGCGCUAGUGCUGGAUAACGAUGGGUUUGGGGUUCUUUUUUCCCCUUUCUGCCCAGGUUAACUUGCUAUUUUUUCUCACCACCCUCUGGAUACUGCGGGAUAAACUCUCCUCCCUCAACGCUGAUGUCACGGCCCUAAAAAACACCCGGCUGAUGACGUUCAAGGCGUUGGCGCACAUCUGUAUCCUGGGCUGCACGUGGAGUCUGGGCUUGCUGCAGGCCCAGGGGGACAACGUAGUGGUGGCCUUUGUCUUCACCAUCGUCAACAGCCUGCAGGGAGCCUUCAUCUUCCUCGUGCACUGCGUCCUCAACCGUCAGGUGACGGAGCAGUACCGGCGUUGGUUUAGGGCGCUGGGACGACGAGGGCAACCCCAGGAGAUGCCCACCACGGACAUACACAUCACCUAUGUCACGGAAGGGGAGAAGCCGCAGAGCCACGGCACCGAGGGCUGCACGUGGGAGAAGUGA